AGUCCAUGUGCAAGACCAUGUCAGAAAUGUGAACAGAACAAGAUAAAUUCUUUAUAUUUUACUAACUAAAGGGGGUUUUGUGGUGUCCAGAAAUGCCUAUACUAACAGGAACAAGUCCUACAAACCCUAAUGCUUUGACAGAAGCGCUAGAAAAUGCCUCAAAAGAAGUUAGUCGACAACUACAGGCCGACAGGCAGUACCCUGACCUCUCAAGUCAGUUGAGAGUUUCAUCUCAAAGUUCUGUGUCCUUUAGUGGUGUCAAUGAUUAUGAUUAUCCAUCGUUAUCAUCACCAUCAGUUGGCCUGUCUGGAAUGGAACUUAUCAGCACAAUUAAGCAUGUUCCACUUCCUACUGAACUUGUAGAGCAGUUUGAACACAUGCAGUGCAAUUGUAUGAUGGGAUUGUUUCCUGAGAUUCGACGAGCAUGGCUGACUAUUGAUAGUGAUAUCUUUGUUUGGAACUAUGAAGACGGAAGUGACUUGGCAUACUUUGAUGGACUGAGUGAAACUAUCUUGUGUGCAGGACUUGCAAAGCCUAAACCAGAAAUAUUAGCUGAUUCUGUGAAGUAUAUUUUAUGUCUUUCAACACCAGUGGAUAUUGUUCUUCUUGCUGUAACAUUUACAUCCAGAAAUAAAGGAAAUUUAAUAGAGGAUGGCUUUGCUGAAAUGCAUCUCCAGCCUGACCCACUGUUCACCAUUCCAUCCGACAAUGUUUACAUGACAUGCAUCAGUGGCACAUUCAAUGGAAGGAUUUUUAUGGGUGGAAAAGAUGGCUGCUUGUAUGAGAUUGCUUAUCAGGCAAAAGACAGCUGGUUUCAAAGAAAGUGCCGUAAAAUCAAUCACUCUUCAAGUACACUGUCGUAUCUUGUGCCAAAUUUUCUCAAUGUUUCUAGUGAAGAUCCUCUUUGCCAACUUGCUGUGGAUAAUACAAGAAAUAUUCUGUAUACAAGAUCAGAGAGAGGGACAAUACAAGUGUAUGAUUUGGGACAAAGUGGUUUUGAUACUUCCUAUAUUGCAAGUAUGAAUCAAGACAGCAUUGCACACAAAGCUGCUGCUGCAACAAGGACGUCUGAUUACAAUAACUUCAAGCCGAUAAUCCAUAUUGCACCUGUAUCAAGAAGUGAGUCAGAUCACAUUCAUUUAGUAGCUGUAACACACUCAGGUGUGCGGCUGUAUUUCUGUACAAUACCAUUCAACAAUACRCUGGAAAGACCCAGCAAACUCACACUGGUUCAUGUACGCAUGCCACCUGGUUUUGCACCCUCUGCUACGUCAUCAAGACCUACCAAUGUACAUGCAGCAUUUUAUAGACAAGGAAUUAGUUUGCUAACAGCAUCUCACACUGAAGAAACAGAUGUGCUUUGGGUAUCCAGUGCUGAUCCAUUUCCAUUCCAGACUCCUCUCAAAGAAAUGCAGGUAACUGUACCUCUUGAUGGUCAUACAUGGGCUGUAAGUGAGGUGCCUGAUUUUGCUGCAAACCUGGUCAGUCCUUGUCCUGUCUUGUUUGAGAAAUGGCCUGAACCACCAGUGGUAGUAAAACAACAUGCAUUGCCACAGAGGUCUUUUGUAGUACUCAGCGCUCAGGGAAGUUACUUGAUGUCAAGUUAUCGACCUGUCGAACAACUCCACCAACUGCUUGCUUACUCACAAGGCUUUGACUCUGAAGCUGUUCAGUCUUUUUUCAAACUCCAUAAGGAAGAUCAAGCUUGUGCAAUUUGUUUAGUGUUGGCUUGUUCAAGCCAGUCUACCGAUCAACAGGUGUCAGAGUGGGCAACACAAGCAUUCUUUAAGUAUGGUGGAGAAAUGCACCACAGACCAAGCAGCGCUMCUGAUAGUGGUGUAGCUGUACAUGGAUCAGCUGUAGAGCCAUCCUUCCUGGACACCACUGUACCUGGUGGAACUCAUGGGGGUAGUUACUUGGCAACACCACAGCCUAUGCCAACAAGUUUUCAGAAUCAGCAGUUAAUUCAAAGCUACACAACAUCAACACCCCAAACUGCUGUACAAGGAGGAAUGACAGGACGGGCUGUAUUCCAUCCAGACUUUACCAAGUCAGCUAAACACGAAGGACUAUGUCUUUACAUUGCUAGAAUACUAGGAACACUAUGGGAUGGAAGAGUGGUUUACGAAGAUUUUUUAGUUCAACCAACUCCAGGAAAUACAAAGCCACCAUUGAUAUUCAGAAGUCGUUUCACAUGUGAACAACUAUCAUGGUUCCUGGAAAAGAUGAAAGAACUACAGCAAUGGAUGGACAAAAACCUGCAGUUUCCAGCACCUCACAUUGACAGCAGUUUCAUCAAUGUGUCCAUUAUGGCUGACCARUCUGCUUUCCAGAAAUCACAUCAAGCAGAGAGAAAAGCUUUGAAUAACCUAAAGAAGCUGGUUGAUUUGUGCUGUGAAGCAAUUGGGUUGUGGCAGUUACUAUGUGAACAUGACUUUGUUGAUAUCACUUCUCGUAUGGAUACAACUGCAAGRGAGAAACUWCGRCAYAUGAAAUUCAGGGARUUUAUUUCUAGACCUGAGGUCUGUAACUCUCUAAUAUCGUCAUUAAUGAACUGUUAUGUGGAGGAUAGCAGUUCUACAGAUGCCAUCAGUGAGAGAUUAAGAGAUGUGUGUCCUAGCCUGUAUAGUGACUCUGAUGCUGUCUGUACAAAGGCUGGWGAACUUUUAACACUUGCUAAGAAAACUGUCAAUAAAAGUGACCAAUCAAGGCUUCUCAAAGAUGCYCUACAGUGUUAUCGUCAAGUCACUCAUCAAGUCAACCUGGAACUUAUCUGCUCAAUAUUUGAGUCUGUUCAUUUCUACGAGGGUGUGAUUGAUUUAGCUCUCUAUGCUGCCCUWAAGACAGAUCCACAGGGUCUUGCUUUACAUUUCUACAAAAAUGGUGAAACACAUGGUGAUGUUCAAGGACAAGAUGCCAUGAUUGCAAGGAAAUGUUGCUACAARUGUAUAACAGACUGUCUGCAAAGAUUACUAACAGCCAGACAGUCUCAACACCAGUCUCCUGGAUUACCSUCCCGGCCAGGCCCUCCACCAGUACCAGACCCCAAUGCACUGACACCAGAAGCAGCUGAACAAUAUAUGGACCACACCCUUUCACUGGCACUGGCRUCAAAUGAUGAAUUAUGGCACCUUUGUCUGUAUCAAUGGCUGAUUGACAACAACUUGAUGGAAAAACUUCUUGAGGUCAAGUCUUCAUAUUUAGAAACUUAUUUAAAGCAGUCUGCAGCAAAYCAACAUCCCAAUGACCAGAAGAUGUUAGAUCUACUGUGGAGAUAUUACGAGAAGACAAAGAACCACUAUGGCGCUGCCAGGAUUCUCUCAAAACUCGCUGAGAAAGAAGGUCAGGGUAUUAACCUUGAACAGCGUCUCGAGUACUUAUCACGAGCCAUCAUGAGUGCAAAGAGCAGCAAUCUGAGAACAAGCUCAAGCUCUGAGGGAGAAUUCCUACAUGAACUUGAAGAAAAGCUAGAGGUUGCCCGAAUUCAGAUUCAAGUUUAUCAAGCUCUUGUACGAAUGAACACAAGUCGACAAUCAAGAAACAUCAAUGAUGCUUUGACUAUGCUUAACGACAGACUUAUGGAUGUUACUACGUUAUAUGGAGAGUUUGCGGAUGUGUUCAUGCUGGCCGAGUGCAAACUGGCUAUCGUCCACUGCGCAGGUCAUUACGACCCWACGCUUAUUGAAACACUUUGGAAAGAGAUAUUAGAUAAAGAAUUGCGCGACUCCGCUCAUUGUCCAUCGAGUGAUCGCGUGACACUUCUAAGCAAAAAGAUUGUCACAUUAGGCAAGACCUAUGUCCAUUCUGAACGAUACUUUCCUCUCGGUUCGAUAAUCUUGAUGUUAGAGAAAAAAAGCGCCGAGUUAAACCUGGAUCCAGCCUGGGUCUUCCAAACCAUGCUGGAGAUUGGUAUCCCGUUACCAGUCCUUCACGGCGUUUAUGAUCGUUUAUUUAAGGCCAAGGAUCCAUGUUGGCAGGCUAUGGAUAAGCCAUUGCAUAUACUCGACGUGAUUUAUCAUCUUCUGACACGUUUCGUAGGUACACCGUCGUUAAUACCGCCGUAUGAUAGACCUGCCUUCACGACAACCUUGCAUGACGCAUGUGCAACCUACCUCAUAGAACUCCAGUCCAUUUGUUCACGUGACCGCAGCGUGCAAGACAUUCUGGGAAGGUUCAAAGCCCUUCAAUCACGUCUAAAGCGAAUGCUAUAGACCGCAUGAAGCUUCCUUUGAUUGACGCUGUCARUCAUCCUUGAUUGUCAUUUGAACUMGACAUCUGUACAGAAAGUUUCUUUCGACUUCAUCUCGAGAGGAUUAUAGUUCCGAUAUCAAGGGACUUGUCCACCAUCGCYWCCCCACCCCACCCCACUGAGYAGCGUCUUGUURUCUAUUUGAAAGRUGAUGGUAUAAAAAUCCUUUYCCCAYUCCAGUAAURAUGCUA